CUGAGCUGGAGCCCCAUGAGCCCUCGGGCCUGGGGCCCAGGGCACUUGCUGGAAUGGCACCAGGCGUGGCAGAGCCAGGUCCCGGUCCAGAGCCCACAAGCCCCUGUGCUGCGAGCCCCUGGGACAUCCCAGGACUGGUCUCAGGCCCCGAGCUGGAGCCCCAUGAGUCCUCGGGUGCGGGGCCCGUGUCACCUGCAGGAAUGGCACAGGGCCUGGCAGAGCCAGAGGUGGUCCUGGAGCCCACCAGCCCCUGUGCCGUGAGCACCCGGGAUUUGCCGAGGGAGGAGGAGCGGACCAUCCUGGCAUUUGCCCCCCGCCUGGUGUCCGAGCAGCUGACCCUGAUGUGUGCGGAGCUGUACAGUAGGGUUGAAUAUGGUGAGUGCAAGGCCUACGUAGAGAGACACCCACUGAUGGAAGACAUUUUGCUCCUGGCCCCCAACAUCCAUCACAUCAUCAAGCAGUGUGCUGCCACGUUUUAUUUGGUCAUCUCCUCCUGCCUCGGGGGCCCGAGCACGACAGCCCAGGGCAGGGCCCGAGUGGUGGAGUUCUGGAUCCAGGUGGCUAAGGAGUGUCUGGCUCUCAGAAAUUUCGAGUCCUUCCGUGCCAUUCUCUACGCCCUGCAGUGCCCUGGUCUACGUCGUCUGGAGAACACCUGGGGACAUGUUUCCUGGAAGAGCUCCUGGAUCUACAAAAAACUUAGAAAGAGGGACAAAGGGCUUAAAAGGGAGCAGCUCCUCAAGGAGGCGAGGGCCAUGUUGAGGCGAUGGCCGCAGUCCCCCAGGGCAUCCCAGGAUAUGAAGAAGCAGGGCAUGGUCCCGUUCCUUGGACUGAUCCUGUACGACGCCAUAGAGAAACACCAGGAACAUCAUGACGACGUCACUGACUUCCUAGAGGAGAUCUUCACAUACAGGUUCCUGGCCAGUCAGUAUGACCUGGAGCCCAAGGAGCGCUUCCAGUCCUUUCUCCAGACAGUGGAGCUCCUGGAUGCGGACGAGAGGUGAGGCUGCCAGGAGUGGGGUGUGGGCUGUAGCUGCCGGCAGGCUCUGGGGGAAGGGCCCCCUGCCAUGUGGCUCCAGGGGCUCACAGGUGUCCCUCUGUCCUGCAGCUACCGCCUGACCUGGGAGCUGGAGCCCCCAGGCCAGAGGGCAGGCAGAAAGGGACUGUUAAACUUCUUCAGGUCCCUCAAGAUUUAAACUUUCAGGCCAGGGCCAGGGCCAGCUGCUGUCAUCGGGCCCGCGGCCCUGCCGGUGUCCUGGCUGCAUGUGGAGGAGAGCUGCUUCCCCUCCGGGCAGGCGGCCCCUGGCGCCCCAGGACCCCAGUCUGCUUGCUGCUCCUCCUCCUCCCGCUGCUCAUCCUGAGCCUCUGCUGGGGCAGCUGCUCUGGCACCUCCUCCGUCGGCCGACUCGGGCAGCUCCCCGGGCUGCCACUGUAUCCUCAAGGACCCGUAUGUAGCUGCGGCGCACCUGGCCACCUUCGUGCUGUGUCGUCCCCUCUGCUCGUGGCCCGUUGGACAGAGGCGAGCCGCCCCCUUCGUGCAGGUGGCCUCCCGCCGUGACACCAACUCCUGCCUGGGCGCCGUCACUCACCGAGUCGUAGCCACAGGGUUCCAGGAAUAGGUGGAGGCUGUCCUCACCAGGCCCGGCCUUUCCCGGGACGGACAUAGACGCGGCGCAGUGCCGCGUGGGACCACGGCCUCCUGGUGCCCAGCGGAGGCAUCCGAGGAUGCAGGGGUGGCCGACUGUCGCAGGGUCCCGGGGCUUGCUUACAGGGGAGCCCCCUGUACAACUUCCUCCCCUCAUCCCUCAGAAAUAGCCUCCCCAGGCGCAGUGUGGUCUGGGUGUUGUCUCUGAGGUUUAUGGUUCCUUGGGGCUUGGGGACAUCCCUGUGCAGAAUGUAAUAAAUGCUGAACGGAUCGCCACCACACUGC